AUGAUACGAUCAAGUUUAAAUUUGAUGGUUUUGAUAAUAGCGUGGAUAAAAAUUUUUUCUCUGACGUCUUCGGUAUUUGGUCUUGGAAUUUUUACACAUAAUGAAACAAAUUCAUUCCCCGCACCACGACGGAUAUGGCAACACGGGGAAUAUAUCGAUGGGACAGUGGUUCUUCGAAUGAUUAGUGGUGAUCUUAAUAAAACUUCUACUACUGGAACGUGGACAAGACCACUGUUAUCUUUACGCAUUAUUCAUCCCAAUGGAACAGUCAAUGAAAUAGACAAAGACCUAGGGAUUCAAGAUUUUAACUGGCUCAUUUUUGAAAUUCCUGGUGUUGAUGCUAACCAGGACCCUAUAAGUGUAGAUGCGCUUCAUAGGGGCUACUUAAUUGUUAGAUACUUUAAAGCUUCAAAUACGACCGAUUUUACAACUUAUGAAGAAUGUGGACGUAUUAUUGAUUGGUAUGGUAAUUUAUAUAGGAAUGAUAUAUGGUACACAUCAAAUACGGCGAUAAUAACUAACGUUGAUCCAUCAAAAGGUUUUAUAAGGACAGCUGCGGAGAAUGCAACUUAUGUCGAGUGGCAACAAUAUAUGAUAGAUGAUUCAUUCAAUCUUAUAAAGUUAUCGGAAGGAAAUAUUACACUUCCCAUGGAAGAUGGAGCUUUUGCAAUAUUCAAUACCGUAGCUACUGUUGACGAGGGUUAUAGCAUAAUUAUGGGAAAUUCCACCUCCAAAUCUGCUAAUCCCGACGAUCCUUUGGAAAUUCAAGCCGCGGUGUAUGAUUUAAAAAUAGGAUAUAAUGAAACACAAUUUAGUGCACCAAAAUUGCUUUAUCAAUCACACUUACCUAAUAUUACAAUAUAUCAAAUGUUUUGUAGUAUUUCUAGUACUGGGGUUGGACAAGUUUGUUUACUUGACGUCAGACAGUCCAUCACACAGAACAAUGACACACAGAGCAAUGUCACUAGUACCAGUUACAAUGAUUAUUAUGUGAAACUUGAUUUCUUAAUAUCUGGCUCUGUAACAAAAAUCACUUCAUUACACAUCUUACCCGAAUUACCCUCAAAUACUACUACAGGAUGGCAAGUAAAAAGUAUUCCUUUUGGUGGUUAUUUAUUCUAUGGUUAUUUUCUAGAUGCAAAAUCCAGGACCUAUUCUUAUGGAUAUUAUUAUAACGAAAUCGAAAAUAAAUUUUAUGUUUGGGAUUUUUCUGAACCAACAGUUUUAAAUUUACGAGGAGUUUUGUUAAUUCUGCCUAAUAAUACUUUGUUAGUGUCACAAAGAGAAAAUAAUGAUACGUGGAGUUUUCUUACCACUGAUAUUCCUAACUACUCAGGAUUUUCGGAUAAUGGUUAUUCAAAUGCUCUAAUAAAUUCUACAAGUCCAAAAAUAAAUGCGAUUAUUUCUAAUCCUUCAAAAUUUAUGGAUACUGGUUCUAUUACAAUCUCAUAUUAUGAACCAGUAGAACUUUCUGAUGGGUAUAUUUGGAUCUAUCGAAUUGAUAACAACGUUACUCGACAAUUUGUUGUUGGCAACAAUGAUAAAUUUUGUUCCAUCUCUGAUAAUGGAUUAACUGUAAUUGUAAAAGUUAUCGAAAGUACCUUUAGUUAUCCUAAUAGUCAAUAUUAUGUUAAAGUUGAUAAUAACUUUGUAAGAAGCAAAAAAUACGGUGAACCUUUAAUGGGUAUAGAUGAUAAUAUUUGGAAAUUCAAUACAUAUUCAAGUGAAGAAACUUUUGCAAGUACAGCAUCUGGAAUUAUGCGUUUAACAGAAGAAGGCACCAACCAUUACUAUCUUCUUACUUCAUCUGAAAAAUCUGAUUUUUUUUCAAAUCUAAUAAUUGAAUUAUCUAAAAUUCUUUCUAUUGAUUAUAAACGACUAAGUUCAAAUGAGAAAUUCCAAGUUGACAAUACUAUUAAACCUAAUACUCAAAUAUUAAUUAAUCUUAGAAUUCAAUCAUCCAGAACUGAAAGAAGUGUAAAAUUUAUUAUAGAAGAUUUACAUAAUAUGAUUAAACAUAAAAGUAUAACUGCCAUUAGUUUAUUCCCUAACACGAAUUAUUUAGAUGAAGCGUAUGGAUUCAAACAACAACAAAACUUAUGGAAUGAAUACUGGAUAAGAUUUAUGGGUGUUAUUUUAUCAUUUGGAGUUUUAAUAUGUCUUUUCGCAUUAGCAUGGAAAAAAGAUAUAAAAAAAGAGGGUCGUAACGUGGCUAUUUUACAACUUGGAAUAAUUAUUUUUGAUUUUGUAAUGGAUACCCUUUUCGUCACUUACAAUAGUACUAUUGUUAAAGAAUUAUAUAUUCCAAGUUGGGCAUUUUAUAUUAUCUCUGAAGAAAGCAAAUCUGAAAAAUUCAUGCAAUGGUCCAUUCGAUAUGGAAGAGUGGUAUCAAUAUUUACAGUUUUAUCAGGUGCUGACAUUGAAGCAUUAAGUAUUAUCUAUUCAACUCUGGCCGGGUUUGAAAUUCUCAAUGCUCCGUUUUCAAAUAAAGGAAAAAGUAGAAUCUUUUGGUGUUCUUGGUUAAACAUUUUUCUUGAAGAUAUACCGCAAGUGAUUAUUCAGAUAUUAUACUUUAGAAAUGUGGUUUCAUAUGAUAUAAUUCCUAUUCUUACCCUCACCUCUCAAUGUCUUAACUUAUUAAUAAAUGUUAUUGGCAGAUUAUUUCAAACAAUUAAUUUUUAUCGACAUGGACUUCAGAUAUUUGAAAGGACAAAUGAAAGGACAAAUGAAAAGAUAGAGACAUCGAAACCGUAA